AUGACAAUCACCCAUAUUGUCCUUUUCCAAUUCGAGCAGGAUGCGCCUCUUGAAGCAGUUCUUAAUGCAUGCAAGCGAAUGCUGAGUCUCAAAGACCGUUGCCUCCAUUCAUCAACAGGCAAACCAUAUAUCCAAUCAGCGUCGGGUGAAAAGGAUAAUUCGCCUGAAGGUGCACAGGGUAGUAUCACACAUGCAUUUAUUUUUGAGUUUGCAACAGACGCGGACAGGGACUUUUACGUUAAUCGAGGCCAUGUACAUCAGGAGUUUGUCAGGAGCCUGGAUGGGUUAAUUGAGAGGGCCCUGGUGGUGGACUUUACUCCUGGUGUGCUAAAUACAUACACACCAUACAUAUAG